AUGGACCCAUACAUCCCUCUCCCAGAUUCCAGAAGAAGAUCCCAAGCCCGCAAAAGAACAGAUCCAAACACAAUUCCAGGUCCAGGUCCAGGUCCAGGCCCAGCUCGUACCCCCUUAAUCUCCCCAGUGGACCUGACAGUAUCCAACAUCGACCGCGACUUCACCAAGUAUCUGGAUUUGAAAAACGAGUACCACCACGAGUUCAUCACGCGGUUUCGCGACCACGGCGAGAACACCGGGUACGCAUGGGAAGAAAUUCGGGAUUCAGCGAAUAUCCGGGGGAUCUGCGUGGAUCGGUUUCUAGAUACGUAUGGGAUGCAGUAUUGGGGGACGCCUGAGAAUCGAGAGAUGUAUCUAUUGCCUGAUUCGUUGGCGCAUCCGGAGAUAAUCUUUACGUUUCCUGAGAGGAGGGAUAAGGAGACAUCACACAUACUUCGCAAACCGAAGCGUAAAGCCAACGACGAGAUCACCUACAUUAAUGAAAGAAAUCCGGGAUCUCGGCGCCCUGAGAAGCAGAUGUCUUCUCGGACAAUCCAAAACCCACGGAAAGAGAAAGCGUCAGAACAAGAAGAGAGAAUCAUGGUCCCACCACCACCGGCACCACCAGCCAUGUCUUUGCUUCCCGCCCCUGUGUCCCUCCCUAAAGCUGAAACUAAAGCAAGCUCAAGCCCGAUCCAGACCCCAGAAACCCCAGUGCGGUAUGAGAACGAGACAUACUUCCUCGUUAGGGCAUCGCAUCAGCUCGACGCAGCACCGGCCUGGGUGAAAUACAAGGAGUUCGACAGCGCGGCGUCGUUCCUGACGCAAAUGGGCCAGGAAUGCGGGCUGCCGACCUGGCGGAGCGCGAAUGCCCAACUCGCGGCAGAGCUGGAGGGGUCUCCUCCUCUUGCCGGGGUCAUGGCAUCAGUGAAGCUUGAAUGGACGGACGAUGAGGUGCUUGUUCGAUGGGGCAGGGACAGUGAUCUGGAGAUCAUUGCUGGGCAGGUGCGCAGGGCUUGGUUGGCGAAGGACCUUGGGUUUCGCUGUAUCCAGUGCUUUAAGAUUGCGGUUUUGUUGCAUGUUCGGGAUUGGGAUUGGGGAUUGUCACGAUUGGGUCAUAACAUCGGGUUCUUAUUCGACUGGGAUAGAUACUUAGUUUACCAACGAACCAUGGAACAAGAGCGCCAUGUACCCCGCUAGUCUUACCGGAGUGACUGUCGAUCUCGUCAGGGGGUUUGAAGUUGCCCCGGACUUCGUCGGGCUUUCGGGGAGCAUCGAAUAUCCAAAUUUCCUGGGAUCUGCUUUGUUGCUUUGUUGGGUUAAGCGGUUGUUCAUCUUCCUCUCGCCUGCGGAUGAGUUAUCGUAUGGCAUUCCCCGAUAACUAACUAUAGGUUGGUGCUUUGCGUAUUCUUUGCAUGAUUCCCGUUGCGGUCCGCUUACUUUGGUCCAGCGUGCCGUAAAAUUUCCCGAUCAACGCGUCACUUGGCAGGGGAAGUGAACAGGACGAAGUCAUUCUGAUAUAGCCCAUUUAUAGGAGGAGAAGGAGGAGUCAAUGUGCUGGAUUUCUAGAUGUUGAGGUUAUUUGGAGAGAGAGCGGCGGGGAUACUUCUACAGAGUCCAGAGGAAGUGAGUGAAUGUCAUCAGAAUAUCUAUUAACUAU